CAGUGUACGUCCGAACAGCUGGUCCGUGUUCGUUUUCAGCUGUUCAGCCUGCUCGUAGCCCGUCUACUCAAGAUUCAUCAUGGCGAACAUCAGUCAGUGCCGUCAGAACUUCCAUGAGGAGUCCGAGGCUGGGAUCAACAAGCAGAUCAACAUGGAGCUGUUUGCCAGCUACACGUACUUGUCCAUGGCCUACUACUUCGACCGGGACGACGUGGCCUUCCCGGGCUUCUAUGCCUACUUCAAGAAGCAGUCUGAUGAGGAGCGCGAGCACGCGCAGAAGCUGAUGAAGUUUCAGAACCAGCGCGGCGGCCGGGUGGUGCUGCAGGACGUCAUGAAACCGGCCCAGGACGCCUGGGGCAGCCCACUGGAGGCCGUGCAGGCGGCGCUCGAGCUGGAGAAGACUGUGAAUCAGUCGCUGCUCAACCUGCACAAGGUCGCCGACUCGCACACUGACCCGCAGAUGUGCGACUUCAUUGAGACCGAGUUCCUCACCGAACAGGUGGAGGCCAUCAAGGAGCUGGGCGACAUGAUCACUCGCAUGCAGCGUGCCGGGCCCAACCUGGGCGAGUACAUCUUCGACCGCGACAUGAAGUAGGCGUGCGGCCCGUGCUGGCGGCAGGCGGCGACCAUGUCCGGCGCGGCCGGGGGACCGCGGGCAGCGGUCCCGGCCGUCCGUCCGGCCCAACCCACCCGACCCAGACGAAUGUUCCGCCAGUCGCAGGAAUAUACUGGGCUAGCUGA